UAAAAUUCGACUUCACUGGGGAUCGAACCCAGAAUCUCUGGUUCCGUAGACCAGCGCCUUAUCCAUUGGGCCAUGAAGUCAUCUUUUGUUACUGCUCAUUAUUUCACCACACUUAAGAAAUACUCAUAGUUCUCAAUAGCUGAUUCUUCAACUUUAACCAUGGCGUAGAAUCGUAUGUCAAGUGACCCAGUCAACCUAUCUCACCGACUCUCUGUUCUGCACCGGCGUAGCUUCCCCCAACAAACAACACACCACAAUUACUUACUAUCUUGUCUCUUUACCUUGUUGAAUACCAAUCAAAGUAAAUAUGAAAAAGAAACAAUCUUUGCGAAACAAAGCCACCCAUUUUGUAUCUCUCCUUCUCAACCCCAUCUCCGAUCCUGAUUCUCACCAACAACCCUCAAAACACCCUCCAUCCUCUUCCUCUGAAGAAGUAGGUGAGGUUAAAAUAAGUGAUGAAGAGGGUAAUACUAAUAAUCAUGAUUUAGUUGAUGGACCUGAUACUUCAUCCUUCACUGCAUUUCUCUAUUCUUUUUUAUCUUCCUCAAACUCUAAAGAGGAUGCUAACUCAAAUGGACAAAAGAGUGAUGAUAAAGGUAAGAAUAGCCCUUUAACUGAUUCAUCCAUGAAAGAAAAUGGUGGGAAGAAAAGUUUGUUUACUAGAGGUAAGCAAUCAGUUGGUAUUGCUAUUCGCCGAGCUGCCAGAAUCGGUAGAUUUCGCCAUCAUGGUCCAAAAGAUAAUAAUGAUAAUAAUCUUGAAGUGAAACAUCAAGAUAGGAGGAAAGAAUCACUGCCUAUGAAAGAAUCGUUGCCUGUAUCUUUGGAUGAUUUGCCACGAAUUUCUGAACCUUCAGUUCUUGUUUCCGAAAGUAUAAGGAAUGUUCUCUAUGCUUCUCUUCCACCACUUAUGCAUGGAAGGAAAUGGUUGUUGCUAUACAGCACUUGGAGGAAUGGUAUAUCACUUUCAACUCUUUACCGAAGAAGUGCGUUAUGGCCCGGAUUGAGUUUGCUGGUUGUUGGAGAUAAAAAAGGAGCAGUAUUUGGAAGUUUGGUUGAAACACCUCUGAGAUCAUCCAACAAGAGGAAAUAUCAGGGAACAAACAGUACUUUUGUUUUCACAAAUAUCUCUGGUCAUCCUAUCAUAUAUCGUCCAACAGGGGUAAACCGAUAUUUCACACUUUGCAAUACUGACUACAUAGCAAUUGGCGGGGGAGGUCAUUUUGCGCUUUAUCUGGACAGUGAUCUAUUGAACGGCUCAAGUUCAAUAUCUGAAACUUUUGGAAAUCCUUGCCUUGCGAAUUCUCAGGACUUUGAAGUGAAGGAAGUGGAGUUAUGGGGCUUUGUACAGACUUCAAGAUAUGAGGAAGUGCUUGCAUUAAGCAGAACUGAGGCACCAGGGAUCUGUCGGUGGUAAACAACUCUAUAACUAUGAACAUUUGCCUGAGGAACAAUGUAGUGAUAACAGAGAAAGCUCCAUGUCUCCAACUAUGUUUUAAUUAACAUAUCUAUAAAUAUUUACACUGAGAAAGUUCCAUGUCUCCAACUAUGUUUUAAUUAACAUAUCUGUAAAUAUUUACACUGAGAAAGUUCCAUGUCUCCAACUAUGUUUUAGUUAACAAACAUUUCUGUAAAUAUCUACACAGCCUGUGUAUAUAGUCUAUUCACGUGAAAA